CAGCGGUGAGGGCUGCGGGGGCGCGUGAGGCGACAGCUGUAGGCAGCAGAGCCAGCAGCGGCGGCGGCGGCGGCGGAGGAGGAGGAGGCGGAGUGCCACCGGCACCGCAGCAGCAGCAGCAGCUGCUCCAGCGGCCGCCGCAGCGCCAGCCGCCGCCGCAGCAGCAGCGGACUACGAUGACGCCAAUGACGACUACGUCCCCUCCUCCUCAAGACAAGACGUCCAUGGCAUCAAACCUCCGAACUGGCAUCACACCCACCACUGCUGCCACCACCACCACCACCACCACCACCGCCACCACCACCACCUCCCUUCCACCUGGCCCCUCCACACCCGCUCCCCACCUCCUCCUCCGCUCGCUGCCUGCUCCCCCGUCUCAACGACCCGCACAGGCGCCAUCCGCUCCCCUCCUCACUCCACCUCCACCUCCCCCACCCCCUCCUCCGCCCGCCGGCUCCGGCCCAGCAUCCCUGCUGACCGCCUUCGCUCGCGCCUACCUGCCGUACUGCGCAGCUGGCCUCCUCAUGACGGGGGGCGGGACAGGGGCGGGGGCCGGCAUCACCAGGUCAGCAGCAGGGGCACACAUGGCAGGCGCGGCAGGCAGCAGGGGGCCCGGGUCCUGGGGCGCGGGGGCGGUGGGGUUGUCCUCCAGCUCCGCCUCCUGCCCCCCGCAGCAGGAGCGGCAGCCCUGGCGUCCCUCCCAGGUGGUGGACCUGCUGGCAGCGCUGCAGGCCCUCACCUCCUCCGGCCACCUGCCCCCCGCGUCCGCCUUCACCUUCCCCCUCCCCCUCCCCUCGGCUGGGGGCCCCGGUCAGCAGCAGCAGCAGCAGCUCCCCCUCACCGCGCUCCUAGACGCCGCAGCAGACCGCCUGCAGUGGUGCUCCUCCUCCUCCUUGCCGUCCUCGCCCCCUUUCCCGUCCUCCCCUCCCUCUGGUGAUAUCCACACUAGAGGUAGCAGCAGCCCCACUCACAGCAGUGGAAGGGGAAGCAGCAGCGCUCGCAACAGCUAUGAGACCAGCCGCACCCCCGGCCCCCCUCCGCCUCCCCACCCUCCGCUGGUGGGUGGGAGGCACAUGGUGGCGGCCGCCAGCGCCCUCGCCGCACUGGGCCACGUGCCUGCCGUACCCGGGUGGCUGGAGUGGUGGUUGGAGGAGAUGUACGGCACGCUGGGCAGGAAGAAACUGAGGGUGCAUGAGCUGUCGGCUGUGGUGAAGGUCCUCCGCGCCUUCCGCCUGCGCCCCGGCCCCUCCUGGACCGCCCAGCUGCUUGCCGCCGCCGCCGCAGCCGCCCCCGGGGCCACUCGUACGGCGCUCACCCAGCUGCUGUACGACAUGGGGCAGGCGGGGUUCAGGAUGGCAGUGCAGCAGGAGGGGGAGGAGGAGCGGGGCGCGCAGGGUGCCCCUGUCGCGGUGGUGCCCUUGUCCUCCGCGUCCGCUGCCAACAGCAGCAGUAGCAGCGGGAGUAGCAGCAGCAGUAGCAGCAGCAGGGCCGGUAGCCACUCCGCCGCUGCUCCCGCAGCUGCCGGGUGCGGCGGUGCGGGUGCGGGUGCGGUGCCCUGGCGCUGGCUGAGCGCCUACCUGGGAGUGUGGGCGGGGGGCUGCAGCGGCCACCUCCACCACCACCACCACCACCACCACCACCACCACAGCUACACCCGCGGCAGCUGGGUGGCUCAGCGAGGCAGUCGGGGGAGUGGCAGCAGCGGCCCCGGGGGCCGCAGUGCCAGUGGGGUCCGGGGCGGCGGUGGAGGAGGAGGUGGUCCGGCGCGGCGCUGGUCCCGGCCCCCGGCGACUGCGUGGCAGGCUAACAGGCUGUGUUCCGCGCUCCGCCUUCUUGCCGGUUCCUCCUCCUCCUCCUCCUCCUCCACCUCCCCCCUACCCUCCCCCCUACCCUGCCGGACCCACUGGCCGCGCCACACCCAACUGGCGCUGGCGGCGGCGCUACGGCAGUCCCCUUGCGGCCGGCAACAGCAGCAACAGCAACAACAGCAGCAGCAGCAGCAGCAGCCCGGCCGGCAACAACAACAGCGGCGGCGGGAGCAGCUGGCUAACCAGAUAAGGCAGAGGAGGGCAGGAGGGCAGGAAGGGAAGAAGGGGAGGGGCGGAACUGGGCGGAGGACGGAGGGGAAGCAGCAGUCGCAUCGACAGCUGAGGGGUGAAGGAGAGGGCGGCUCGCCCCCACCACCACCACCACCACCACCACCGCUGCAGUCAACCCCGCAGUCACAAGGGAGGCGUGGGCAGCGGGGACCACGACGCAAGGGUGGGGCGCAUGCAGCAGGAGCGGAGUGCAGUGGGGUUCUCCAACUGAGCUCCGAGAGAAAACCACUGACCAUGACCUGAGUAAGGCCAUAGUAAGACAUGCUGUCGUCGGAUGGAGGUUGCAGGGAGUGGGUGCUGGAUAGGUUAAGAGUGGUUCACAACCCCAUGACGGAUACAAGGUAGUGGUUGCGCGCGGAGGGAGGUGAGCGCACCACAUCCGGGCGCCGCAUGCGAGGCGCUGCACUGUUGUGGAGGCUUGGUUCAUGUGGAGGCUGGGGUGUGCGCGACAUGCGGUUGCUGGGAGUGGUCCAAGACAGUAAGGCGCCCGCCAUAAACAUGGGAGUCUUGCGUGCAACGGAAUAACGCCAAAAUUGAGCUGCACGCGCAAGGGUUACUCGUGGGCGACCCGAGUCUGCUUUUUCGGCCGAAUUGCAUCUUUGGGAAAGGGGUGCAGGGGACGGGAAUGUGUAGCAGGG